CAUACUGCCCCAUUCAUCCAUCUCAACGCCUCACUCGACGACAUGCAGUCAUAUGUCUCCAAAUACACCGUCGGUUACAGAUGCCUGAAACUAUAGAAGAUCCCUUGUCCUUUCUUUUAAAUCAACUUCCCACCAAGGAACCAGUCUCAUCUCAUUCUGUCAUCCCUUGGCACAUUCGAUGGCCCUCCAUCUGCUUUAUCCUUCAUGAACUUGACCAGUUACAACACAAUAAGCCGUUUCUUUCUAACCCGCUCAAUCCUGGUCAACGUCUCUUAGAUUGGCUUCCUCAUUCUCCUACACUACCUGUAUAAUAUUUACAUUGCAUCUAUCACACCCUUCCUUUCUUUUACGUUUUUCCUCUUGCUCCUAAAGAGGUUUCUUCGUUCCUUAUUCCUUUAAAGUGAUCCAGCCCAGGCAAAUUCGAUAUAUUUAAUAACAUCUUGUGCUCAAAUGGGGUCAUGU